GAAUAAUAAUUCCAAGACAAUUGCCUCUCGACAAACAAAAUUUAUAAUUCGAUUCGGUUUAUAAAAAAAAAGGCAUUGGAUGUUGAAGAGACAUGUAAUUGACACAAUCGUGCCUUCGCAUAACUUUUUUGGCCAAUAUAUAUCAUAUAUUCCAAUUUAAUGAGAGAAAUAACGCAAUAUAUAAAGUUAUAAAGGUUUUCAAGUAUUCACAAUUAUCCAUUUCGCGAUAUGGCACGCGAUAACGAAACAAAUACACUCGAGUUGAACAUAAAAGUAAAUGGACAAAAUUUAUCAUCAAUUUCAGAAAAGUGUAAUAUCGGUACAUUACGGAUUCCUUCUGAUCCGUCUUGGCCUAAAAUACCUCUACGUCGUUCAAGUAACAAUACCGAUGACAUUAUUGAACCUCCGUGUGUGAUCACUUUGACAGGAACCCCUAGAAAAGGUCGCAGUGUAGUGCAACCGGUUGCAAGUCGAUAUCUCAAAUCAAGAUUAAGCCAAAGAUACGAAGCAACCACACAUAUACCGAAAAGACUGCCUGGCUGUUUCGAUCCACGUUUUAGAAGGCAGAUAUCGCGGCAGAAAGCUGAGAAACCAGAUGAAUUUUAUAGCACGUUAAAAAACGAUGAAGAAACCAAGCCAGAGUUGGACACACAUAUCACGCAAGGAACGAAAAAAAAGCUUGAGAAUAAAUCACAGAAAACAGGUGAAAACACGAACGGUUACAUACCAUCGCGUCACGAUGUAAAUAAUUUAUUAUCAAACGUUGCAAAAUUGACGGACAAGACCAUCGAUUAUGCCAUUAACGAACAAUCGAUUUUAGAAGCGAAACACUGUCCAACAAGUAAUUGUGUGUACAAAACGUCAUGCGAAACGAUUAUGCGUAUAAUAAAUGAUACAAUUAAUUUUCUAAAGUCAAUUCUAAAGAAAUUCAUUUCAGCUUUGCACGCGACUAACGAGCGAUAUAAUGUUGAAAGUAAAUUUUCUCAAGAACAAAAACAAAAGCCAAUUAACAAGCCACUGCUUUUAAUGGUUGAUGAGAAAAGGAUACACGCGCUUCCUAUCAACAGUCUUAACAUAGAAGCCGCUUCUUCGUCCGCGCAAUCACUGCAGUGUUACAGCGUUCCUGUAGUUCCUGUAGUUGCCUAUCGCGAUGUACCUUUGCAAAUGAAAGACGCAAGUGUGCCUACGCAAAUGGAAGAGAAUGUUAAAAUAUUGUCCGUGUGGCAAAAUGACGGUAAAGUGAAAGAUGGAGAAAUUGACGGGGAUAGAACUGCAGUCUGUACAAGGUCGACGUGCAGCUUUAGAAAUGAGUCUAGUAAUGAAAAAUACCCCCUUGAUAAUGUGACUGAACGUUGUAUCGCGAAGAGCAGCGAUGAUAUCUCUAUCUCGGGGAAGAAAAGUAUUUUCAAGCAUUGUGACGGACCCGAUAUUUCCGGUCGGAUAUGCGAUAACAAGAAUACCGAUUCGAGCGUGUUAUCGAAUCGAGAUGUUGCAAACGAGAUUACGCUCAGUAAAGAUCAUUACGGAAACUCUGAUGCGCUAGACAACGCGGGCGAUGCGGAUAAACCUUCGACAAACGUAAUAAAUGACAAAAUGUUGGAUAAAAAUAUGCAAAGUUUAGCCUUUGGCGAUAAUAAGGAAUAUAGGAAAAAUAAGCAGGAGAAGGAAAGGCAUGGAGAGAUGCUGCGCAUCAAUGCGAAACGUAAAACGGCACCGAUGAAUCUGUCGAGAAAGGCAAAGUCGUUCUUUCGAAGAAACUCCCGUUUGGCGAUUACAGAUUCCGAUUGCACUCUGAUAUUGCCUGGCUGUCGUGGCAUUAAAGGUAAACGAUACGAAAAGAUAUACGGUCAGUCGUUAGACGUUAGGAGAAACGGAAUAAAUAGUACGAAUUCCAUAUUAGUGAAAUACAAUGCGUCGAGACAGGGCCGAAUAAACUUUCGUUCUUUGACGAAUCUACGAGCGGGAAAUUCAUUCGAGAAGCCAUCGUCCAUUCCCCUGGAGACACAAGAGCUAUUGAACAAAAGUUAUUGGGAAUAUUACUGGAAACUCCGGCGUAAGAUCACGUCUACAGCGAAUGACGCGAAAGAAAGGGACGAAUGCUUAAACGAAGAUCAUUUACCUGAAUCUCAAACGUUACGACAGUGCUCCGUCCUCUCUUGCAUGAUCAAUACGGCGCUUCGAGAUACGACUCGUCGGGCGUCGACUGCAGCAGCCGAUGGAAAACCGACUUCAGAUUCACGUUUGGCUGUGAACGUGAUGUCUAAUGUACGCAAAAGUGUUUACGAAGCUUCUGCAGGAUUGCCCUCCAUGUUCGUGAAGAAGAUUCAAAGAAAAAAGAUGAAGCGAUCAGCGCGGAGCAACCGGUUGCUCGGACUUCGAGCGAUAGCGCUGCUGUGUAUCGCGAUGUAUGUCGCGGUCAUAUUUUUGCCUAUGACGUACGACUAUUUCUUUGACGAGGAAUACGACGACGAGGAUACGAAUUAUAUUCAACUAACGUUCCAAUACGUCGCAUCGUCGUUCGCAGAAGCUCUCGAUGGCAUUAUCGAUGUCCUGACAAUUUUUUUAUCAUCAGUAAGAUUCAAUCGAAAGCGAUAAUCUUUAAUUAGCUCGCGCUCGCUUAAAGUGCUCUUGCUAAAUUCAUGAGACAUACUUGAAUAUAGAUGCGAUUGUUUCAUUCGUGAUUGUUCGUUUCACGUCUACGAAAAUUAAUAAUUAUGCUUGCAUCUCCAUGUAUGACAGAGUCUGUAUCAUUUUCAGCAUUCGUAAUGUGGAAAAUGUAAUACGUUAUCCAUUCCGCGAAUCUGAUCUAACGUACAUACAUGUGUGUGAUCCGUCAUUCAUCCAUUCUUCGCGUGGCUGGCCAUUUCUACGCACGUUUACAUAUAUGCUUAGUUUUCCUGA